AUGGAAACUAUCGCAUUCCAUCAGUGCACAUACGGUGCAGACCAUCCAAAGCCCACAAGGCUGCUGAGCGACGCUCAUGGGUUGCUGCAGUUGGGCUAUCCAGGAUGGCCAGUCCUCAACAAAGAGCUUUACUAUUUGGGUCCGUUGCCACGGGCUUGUGGCCAUGAACACCCACCUCUCAUUGGCACAAAUACAAACGGUGGUUUUGAAACGGGCCCAACAGCCGCAUACCCCAUAGAGAUGAACCAGAUGCUGGCGAACCUUGUGUUUCUCCAUUGGUUCAAUCAGGCUCUGACGCCUGCGGAGGGGGUCACCAACAACAUGGACGCAGAGCCUGCAGGGGAAAGAAGGGCGGAGGACCCAGCCUUGGACUUGGUGCCAAAACUGGCGGAAACCCAAGAGGCAAAGCAGGCCGAAAAAAGGCAAGGAGCGGCAUACGCCAUGAGGAACCUGGAGGGAAAGGUCUAUCAUGAUGGAGCAGGACUUUGCUCGGAAGGUAACAAGAGGCCGGCCUUCAGAAAGGUUUCACCGAUGGUCUCGCUCGGUGAGCAGUUCCUCCAGCUUACAUCAGAGGAAGAGAUGAGGAGGGACCUAUACAGGUUGGCGCUGGGGAAAUGUAAUGGCCCUCCGUUCCGGAAGGAGGUGGUCGAGAGAGCAAGGCAGGCCUGGCUGGAGUGCCUAGCAGAGAAAUCCGGCCUGGCAGUAGAGGAGCUGAGCGCCGUGGAGCCGAGGCAGCCAUUCUUGUUGGCAGCCAUUGGAAAGCACUUGAAAGUCAUCGAGGACCCAGAUGCCGAAGCCUUUUUGCCAGACCCAGGCACCUUCAGAACUGGAGUGCCGCUCGGGGUGCAGGGGAUGCCUCGGGUGCCGGCGGUAUUUGAAGCCAAAGAAAAGUGGAGAAAGUAUGAGGAGGUACCUUGGCCGUCUGGCAAGGAAAACUACCUGUCAGCUGCCGAGAAUGCGGUGGCGGUUCAGGGGCAAUUCCGGAAGGAGGAAGCCUUGGGGGCCAUGGUGGAGGUUGAUGAAGAGGAGGCCAGGGAGCAGUAUGGAGACGGCCUCCGCAUUGCGGCCCUGGCUGCCUUGGAGAAGGCUGACAAUACCUUCCGCGUGGUCCACGAUGCUGCGCACAACGUGGGGGUCAACUCCCAGAAAAAGGUGGAGGACCAACUCAGGUAUCCGGGCCCUAUGGAGAUCAAGAUGGCACUGCAAGCAUUGCACCCGGCCACCUUUGUGUUGACAGCUGACGUUGCCCGGGCUCAUCGGCUGGUCCUGGUGCGUAGGCAGGACUGGGGGUACCAGGCGUGCCGAACUGGAGUCGACGAUUCGGGUGCGGAUGCAUUGACCAACGGGGACUUUAGUAGCUUCGACCCCAAGAGACGAGUCGAGGUCAAGCCCGAGGACCUUUUGGAGGAACAAUUCAAAGAGUUGUUGGAGCAAGGAAGCGGGCUCUACGACGAAGUCAAGGAACUCCGCAGGAAGAGGAAGGAAGGCAUGAUCAAGUCAUUGCCAUCCGCAAAGAAGUCCAAAGGGGCUGACUUGAUUGGACCGUGGUGGGUGUCACGCGGGGUGGACAUGUCCAUCGAAGUGGGACAGCCAACGACGGAGCUCCGCCUUGGAAUGCGCUUCGGUCUCACGUACUGGGACAGCGAAGAAGUUGCCGGAGACACCUCCCUCGACCAGAACUCGAGCACCCGUCCAAUUAAGUGA